AUGGCCGCCGCCGCCCUGCCCGAGGAGGCGGGCGCGACGCCCGCGGUUGGGAGGCGGAGGCUGGACAGGCUGCCGGCGCUCCGCGCGGGGGGACCGGCGGCGCCGUCGUGGGCGGCCCUGGAGGCCGAGGCUUGCGCCCGACCAAGGACGUGGAGCAACCCGGCGCUGGUCCGUCGGUUCGAGGAGCUCGCCGGCUUCCGCCUGGUAGGGGAGGAUGGGCGGCUGACACUCGGCGGCUUCCCUGGCUGGACGUUCGACGACGUCGCGGCGGGGGCCCCGGGGUUGCAAGAUUCGGCCAUGGGGGGGGGACGCGCCGUGUCGAGGCGCGCGUUCAGACACGCGGAGAGGCUUGAGGCGCUGGAGAGAAAGAGGACUGCGGGAGGCUCCGCCGUGGGAGAAGCGGAGGGGGAGGGGGUGGAGGGGGUUCCGCCGACUGUCAACGGCAGCAGCGGCGGCGGGGACGGUGGCGGGAGCAACGGGGCGAUGGACGCGCCGAGGCUGAACGGGCUCCUGCGAAUGCCGAGCCUGAACACGCUGGACUACACGCCGAGCUUGGUUUUCGCCCCGCGGUUCGAGGCGUCGAGAUUCUUGGCGGACUUGCUGCUCCUGUCCUGCAACAGGGAGGAUUACCGGGCAAGGAAGAUCCAGAGCCUGGACAGGCUGGACCAAAACCCGGCGGGCUUUAAGGACAGACGGAAGCCCCGCCUCGAGGGACAAAUCGGGGCUUCCAUCGACGGCGGAUUGGCGUUGCUGGUAGCGGCCUCGCUCAAACGCCUGCAGGACGAGCGCGAGGCCGGGUGGGCGGUAAACUCUGACGCCGUCGAGGGUGGCGGGGGCGGCUUGUUUUCGGGAGGUGGUGGCGGUGGUGCCAGCGGCAGCGGCGGAGGCCAAGAGAAGCAGGCGGCGUCGGCGUCGGCCGCAGCGUCGAUGUCGUCGGGCUUCACGCUCGACCAACUGCACACGGAACUGCACCAGCUCCUUGCUGUCAAGGUGUCAAGGGCGGUGGCGCUCCAGGGCAUCGUGGCCGCCCCCGGAGUCGUCCGCGGCGCCCACGAGAGGUGUUGGUGGGCAUACCACCCCGACGCCGUGCGCAGCGCGAUUGUCGGCGUUGGAACGGAAGGGGAGGAGGAGGAGGAGGAGGAGGAAGCACAAGUUGCCGAGAUUCGGGGCUUUUUCACCAGGGCCUUCAACCUUGGCCGCCCUAAGGCGGGGGACACCGAGUCUGCUCGCCAGACAGCGAGACAGCCUCAGCAGGCGGCGGCAGCGGCGGCCCGAGUCUCACAGAGACCGCCCGCUGCGGCCGCCAGUGCUGCUGACGCUAGAAUACCCGUAGCACCGCACGAUUCGCGGCCGGAGCUUGCAACGCUGGUAGAGGACGGCGUGGUCUCAGCCGAAGAAAGAACAUGA